UCCGCUCCUUCAGGCCAUAGAGAGAAUACCAGCAGCCUAGAGUGACCACCGCCGAAAUCCGUCUACCCCUGCGCGGUCCCUCCCACAAGUACAGUGUGGAAACUCUAUGGUGAUUUUUGCGGUUUCGGAGCUGCGGGAUUCGUGGCGAGCUGUUGCUGCAGCACGGGGAAGAGCAUCGGCAGCCGCGCGCCUGUCCCGAGGGCCGCAGAGGAACGACAUGAACUCCCGCCCGGCACCGCUGCCUCGCGCUACCCCCUGGCGCUCCCUGCCUUGCCCGCGCGCCGAUCUCCGCCUCGACCUGGUGCUUUGUGGCGGACAGACCUUCCGGUGGUCUGAAACCAGCCCUGGCUACUGGACUGGAGUGCUGGCAGGACGAGUGUGGACUCUCACACAGUCAGAGGAACAGCUUUGGUACACGCUGCAUGAAGAGGAGAAGGAGGAGGGCAGCAGGGAGGAAGAUGGCCUCUCUGAGCCACCGCUCAAGAAAAGCAGAAAGCAGCCACAGCCUGACACAAGCCGAGCUGGAGUGAGUGAACGCUCCGGCAGCCAUUUGUCAGGAGAGCUGAUCCGGGGAAUGGACGGACUGAACCCAUCACAGAUCCUCCAGGACUAUUUCCAGCUACAUGUAAAUGUAUCGACACUCUAUCAGAGUUGGUCCUAUAUUGACCCCCACUUCCGACAAGUAGCCAUCAAGUUCCCAGGAGUGCGGGUGCUGCGGCAGGAUCCCGUGGAAUGCCUCUUCUCUUUCAUCUGCACCUCCAACAACCAUCUCUCACGCAUCACCAACAUGAUCCAGCACUUGUGCCAGGCCUUUGGGCGCCGCCUGUGUCAGCUGGACACCAAGGCAUACCAUGCAUUCCCUUCGCUGCAGGCCAUGGCAGGGGCAGACACAGAAGCCCGGCUGCGAGAGCUGGGUUUUGGGUAUCGGGCACGGUUUGUUAGUGAGAGCGCCCGCGCCGUUCUGAAGACACUGGGUGGUGCUGCCGGCCUGCAGCAGUUACGCACCGUCCCUUAUGAGCAGGCCCGACAUGCAUUGUGCACCCUUCCUGGAGUGGGAGCCAAGGUAGCCGACUGUGUGUGUCUUAUGUCACUGGACAAGGCUGAAGCGGUGCCUGUCGACACCCAUAUAUGGCAGGUUGCCAAACGGUACUACGGCCAAGAGCUGGGCCUGGGGGCCCGCAGUGUGACGGAGCGCGUACAUCGGGAAAUUGGGAACUUCUUCCGGAGCCUGUGGGGACCAUAUGCUGGCUGGGCCCAGGCGGUUCUUUUUUGUGCUGAUCUAAGAAAGUACCAUGACUCAUCUUCAGAUCCAGACGCCAAACACCGGUGUGCCAAAGUUGCCCGAAGCAGCCAUUCUAUCUUGACAUAAUAAUCUUCCUUUGUUAGCCCACUAUUGUUUGGGAAUUUAAAUCAAGCAAGUAAGAAACUAUUUACUCUACAGCACUGGAGCCAGACAGACUGGAGAACAGGGCUUUGUUUGAGCUGCAGAAGAGGGCCUUUCUGUGGUGCUCCUAUUUAAGCGGAUGCUUUUUUUGCCACCAGGGGGCACUUGUGGUAUGAGCUUGAUGUAUAGUACUGUGGUAUAGAAUAGAAUGCUUUUCCUGUAGCUUUUGUCAUUUGCUUAGGCCGUGGGGUAUAGUAUAUUGUUGUGGCACAGGCCACUUUCUCUGCUGGGCCACUGGAGGCCCCUACUCCACUUAGCAGAGCCAUGACCUUGCUAAGGUCCAAGAGCUAGAACUUAGGUCUGCGCAAGGACUAUGACUGGCUAUCCCAAAACAUACAACAUUGUAAUUCUUACAUGACAGUCUGAUGUGGUGUGCCAGGGAGGGCCAGGCAUGCUGGGAUUUCAUCUGAUAUUAACAAGCUUGUUGGCUUCAGUUACCUGGAUGGGAUUGGCCAGCCGGCUGCCUCGGGGCUAGAUCAGGCCUGCUCAACUUUGCGGGCCCCCAGCUGUUUUUGGACUACAACUCCCAUAAUCCCCAGCCACUGUGGCCAGUAGCCAGGGAUUAUGGGAGUUGUAGGACAACAUCUGCAGGAGGGCCAGAGAUGAGCAGCCUUGGGCUAGAUUCAACUUUAAAGGAAUGUCACCUGGCCUUUCAGGUCUGCCAAGGUUUGUGUGAGAAAAAGCUUGCCCACUAUUUCACUUGUAAAGAACUGUUUGCAAGUUGUGCGGGAGAGAUGGCCCACACUUUUAAUGUUACAGCUCUCUUGAGAUAUUGUAUGUAGUUUUGUAUAUGUAAUGUGUACAUGCUGUGUGUGUAGAUGCAUGCACGUGUGAAGCCCUUGCCACUGGAUGGCAUCUACUUUAUUAUGGAUCCUGGCCACUCGUCAAGGGUCAGUUUGUGUGGCAGACCAAAAAUUGCAUCCCUGAAGCUGUUAGCCCAGGGGGAGAGGGGAGGCUUCCAUUGGCACCAAUGCAAGCUUCUCUUCUGAGGCUAAUAGCAGUGGGUGGGUGGGUGCGACUUAUGUCAGGAGUCAGGUGCAUGAUGGGAAAGGAUUAAAUAAUCCCUCUCAACAUGCCCCAGACCUAAUUCUGAUCAGUUUUUUCCCCCAGCUAUUUAACUGUUUUUUUAAAGCAAGGCCAAAGUAUUUAACGUUACACAUAGUUUGUCCCUGUAGAAAGCAAUGACAUGAAUUAAGCGUGACUGACAAAAAAAUCCCACUUCUUUCAAUGGGACUUAGUCAUGACCAGCUUCAUCUGGAUUAAGGCCACUAUGCUUUGGAGGGAAUUGACACUCUACAAAAAGAGAACCUGUCCCUGCAGCCCACACAGGAGGAGCAUACUGCGCAUUACAUGCGUGUGGCAACAUUCACGCAGUUGUGUGAGAGCACUAUAUGCAAGAACUGCACAAGCAAGCACAGUUGAGCAAUUGCCAACCAUGAGAAAUAAUGUCCAGGAAAUGUGCGGCUGCGUUUGCAUAAUUCUUGCAUGUAGCGCAAGAGCGCUCUUGUGCAACUGCAUGACCAUUACAUUCUCUCUCUCUCUCUCUCUCUCACACACACCCACACACCAACCAACCAUGUUGUGCAGUAUGUCAGCUAGGGACAGUACAGAUCACCAGGCCAGAGACUGAAAUAGCUACAUUGUGCCAAAGUGAACACCAAUCUCUUGUCAACAGUAUUUUUGUCCCACUUUGAGUGUGAUGCCGUGCUACCACCCUCAGUUGUUGAAGAAGCGUCCUUAUUCUUACCUUGUACAGAUGUCUUCCUCCCGUCCCAGCCUAUAUGUUUGCAUAUACAUAUCUUAACAGAGGCUGCCCACUUUAUGGAUAAUUUUCUUAACAGUCUCUCAUGCAGUCCCCAUCAGUGUUCCCUCUAACAGGGAUUCUCAGAUGUUGACUACAACUCCCAGAAUCCCUAGGUGCAAUGACUUUUGCUUGGGGACUAUGGGAGUUGUAGUCAACAACAUCUGGGAAUCCAUGUUAGAGGGAACACUGGUCCCGUCACGGCAUGUUGUGUCUUGCUUAGAAGACUUCUGUCAUUUGAUUCAGAGGCCAGUUGAGAUUGCUUGUGAUGUUCCAGCCUGGCCUCUUACAUUCAAGAAAAUAACAUGAAAUGAAUGAAGAGCCAUCAAAUGUAAUCUUCCCUGGCUCUUGCUUCUUCCUGUGCCUGGAGUUUCUGAACUUCUCGUGCUUUUCCUUUUUCUCAUUCUUUUCUAAGAUGUUUUCCAUUUAAAUUAUAUUCUGUAAGCUAAAUUGUAGGUGCCAUAAACUAAGCACAAUUUAAGACCCACGGAUUUCUGAAGAGAUUUAACAUGUGCUUUGACUCCUCUGUCAGAAUCAAUUGGAUUUUCAAAUGCAUGCAGAUUUGACAGGCUUGUGCCUUGUGUGUUUUAUAAUCUGUAGGUCAUUAUUCUUAUUUCCCAUCCCUUGCCCCUGUUCCUGUUCCUUUUUGUCUUUUUCUGUUUCUAGAUUGUAAGCCUCUCUGGAAAGGGACCUAUUUAUUUUUAACCUUUUAUGAGUGCUUAGUUUUCUUCUAGGUGCUGUCUCAAUUGUAAUUAAUAAACCAACAUUUGCUUCUCUA